CCCGAUCCGGCGACGAUGGAGGGCGGAGCCGACGCCUUCGGGUCCUCCACGGCGCCGCUGGCCUGGCACGACUUCCUCGAGCGCAUGCGCCAGCCCUCCGCCUCCGAGUUCGUCAAGGCCAUCAAGGGCUUUAUCGUGACGUUCUCAAACAGAGCUCCUGAUCCAGAAAAAGAUAGUGCAGCUGUCCAAGAGUUCCUUCAAAAUAUGGAAGGUGCUUUCAGAUCCCACACUCCCUGGGCUGGCAGUUCUCAAGAAGAACUAGAGAGUGCUGGUGAGGGCCUUGAGAAGUAUAUUAUGACGAAGCUGUAUAAUCGGGUAUUUGCUUCGGUCCCGGAAGAUGUGAGGAGUGAUGAAGAACUUUUUGAGAAGAUGUCUUUGCUACAGCAGUUUAUACAUCCUGAAAACUUGGAUAUAAAACCAGAAUAUCAGAAUGAAACAUCAUGGCUGCUUGCACAGAAAGAGCUGCAGAAGAUAAACAUGUAUAAGGCUCCAAGGGAUAAGCUUGCUUGCAUCCUGAACUGUUGUAAAGUCAUCAAUAACUUACUUAUGAAUGCUUCUCAUAUGUCAAAUGAUGACGCCCAUGGAGCUGACGAAUUCCUUCCAGUCCUCAUCUAUGUUACCUUAAAGGCUAAUCCUCCACAGUUACACUCAAAUCUAUUAUACAUACAACGAUAUAGGAGCCAAUCACGACUGGUUUCAGAGGCUCAAUAUUUUUUCACGAACAUCCUAUCUGCUGAAUCUUUCAUCUGGAAUAUUGAUGCCGAGUCAUUAUCCAUGGAUGAACGAGAUUUCCAGAAGAAGAUGGAUUUGGCAAGGGAACGCUUGUUAGGAUUAUCAGCUGUCUCUGAAAACCAGGACAGUGAAACCAAUCUUGUUGUGCGGGAGCAUAGAUCACAAACACUGAAAGGUAGUGGGAGUUCUGAUGUCAACCUGUCUUUGAAAGAUCAUGUCCAAGGUCCAGUUCAGGACAAGAGAAGGGAAAGUGAUGUGAGCAGUAAAUCAGUUGAGCGGGUGCAAUCUAUCUCCGAUUUAGAGAAGAAAGGAGCUACGGAGCUUCUCAAGGACGACGACUUGGGCAAAAUAUUUCAGGAUUACCCAUUUCUAUUUGCCCGUGCUGGUGAUCUGACGGUUGCUGAUGUAGAUACCCUUUUAAACUCUUACAAGCAAUUAGUACUUAGGUAUGUGGCAUUUUCUCAGGGGAUGGGUAUUAGCCCUGAAACUCCUUUUGUUCAGAUCACCCAAACUGCAUCUGAUCUUCAGAUAUCUGAGGAGCCUGAGAAUGUGAAGAAUGUCGUAAAUAGUUGUGAGAGCAGUGAAGAAAGCAACAAGGCUUCGGAAGAGAUUAAAAAUGAAAUUACCGAGUCAGAAGUGGGCAACGUCAGUACAACUCGAGCUGCUGUUGAUCCAACUGAGCGAACACUGCAAGAUGAAUCAUCAGAUCAGCCAGAGCAUGCAUGAGCUGCCAGUCUGGUCGAGAUGGUGAAAUACAGUGAAAACUUUGCCUUCUGCAGUUUGUUCACAUGCCAAGAGGCGACAAUCGGCCACAAAACAUAAUUCAUAUUUGACAUGAGCAGAUAUGCUCCGUGCCUUGAAGCCACAGUUGUACAUGCUGGAAACUAGAAUGCAGGUAUUCAGUGACUAGGAGGAUAAAAAAUCAUUGUGCUGAAGCUAGAUCCAAAUCUUUAUUCAUUGAUCCUUGGCUCUCGACUUUGUUGUCAGUUUGAUUUUGUGGUGAAUGCCAUUUUUGUAAACUGUUACCAUGUAACUAGAAUUUCUGUAAGUUCAGGUAGUAUUCAUACCAGUGAACAAAGGAAUUGUCAUGGAAGCUGUAUGCACUAACUGACUUACCUGCAUGUGGUUUCUUAAUCCGUGAAUCACCCA